GCUGCAGCCCACCCCGAGCCCUUUCUCUCUCUCUCUCUUAGCAACCAAUUGCCGUUAACAAGCUCUACACCAAGCCGAGUCACCCAAAUCUUUCAUUUCUCUUCUCAACCUCCUUCAUCACGACUUAAAAAGCGAAUUAUUUGGACCCACUGCAAAUGCGUCAGAGGAUAGGUAGCUUUAUUUUUUAUUUUCUCUUUUGACCUUUUCUCUUUCAUCUAAGUAUAUUUCCUGUGCAUCUUCUCUUUCCUCUUCACUCUCUCAACUCAAACCCCAUCUCUCUCCACUUCAUGGCACUUGCCGCCGUCGGCAACAUGGAGCACAAUGGACAGCAGUUCUUCUUCAAGGAGCAGCAGCUUUCCGUCGAUUUCUCCGUUGCCAUCAUGCAGUCACCAAAAGGAAGAUCCAUCGAUUUCUCCGUUGCCAUCAGCCUCCGGUUCCACCUCGGACCAUCGCAGACAGUGCCAGCGUCACCCACACAGCAAGAUCUACUGUGAGAUCAAGUCUCCAACGUCGUUCUCUCUCCCCCUCUGUUUGUUCCUUCGACGUCUUUGUCAUUACCCAAAUCUAAGGUUGGAACUCCAGGAUACAUUGCACCAGAAGUUCUUUCUCGGAGAGAGUAUGAUGGCAAUCUUGCAAACGUCAUGGGUUGUGGUUAACAUGUCCAAGGAAGGUAAUUUGAUGGAGCAUAAGUCAUUGAUGUUUGAAGAUGCACUAGUCUUGGGAAAAUAACUAUAUCCGUAUUUCUAUAAAGUUGAUGAGAUGCAGGAUUUAAACCUUAGCAUUUCACUUUACAAGGAUGGGUUUCUCAAUGGGUGAGUUGUGGCAUUCAUUUGAAUCUGCUUCUAUGUAAGUUAGUAGGACAAUUUGUGAUAGUAUUAUCUGUAAUCCUUAUUUUAACUAUCAAAGAGAAAAGUAUCCUCUGUAGGCAUAUUAAUUUAGUUGACUUUAUUAAUUUUUCAUUCCAGACCCUAGAAAAGGGGUUGUUUUAGUGUUCCAAAUGAUUUGACUGGCCAUGCUGAAUCUAGCUACUUGACAAAUUUUAUUUUUCUUUGAUGGGACUAAAUCAUAAGCCAUACCUGCUGGAAUCCACGGUCUGAGUUGUAGCAACCAUCCACAACCAGUCUGAUAAUCAACUUUAAGAAUUAUAUGAGAG